AUGCGACUCGGCAACAACGGAGCAUGUAUCAUGGUGAAGCCAGAUAACAUCCUUCUACGUCUCACUGACACUUCGGUAUUUACAAAUAUGUCAAAAGCUGACACUUUAGAAAUGGCCAAGCGACUGUUACUAGCAGACACCAACCCCUCAGGCUGGAAAGGCACGACUUCCACCACUAAGCUCAGACUCCUCGGCUAUGAAAUUACUGAAGGUAUCGUCAAAUCAGACCCUGAAUGCCUCAAGGUGUUGCAAGAGCUGCCCGUUCCGAAGGACACCAAGUAUCAACAACGAGUGAUAGGCUUGUUCGCGUACUGUUCUCGUUGUAUAAACCGUUUCUCGGAUAAGAUCUACCCAAUCACUCACACUACAAUAUUUCCUGUCCCUGAAUCUGUUAUGAAAGCAUUUGAAAGUUUGAAAAAGGAGUUGAUGGAUUCAGCCUUGGUCACUAUCGAUCCGAGAAUACCUUUGUGGUUGCUUUCACCAGGACCAGUUCUGAUGCGGCGAAACAUACGAUCUCCAAAGUACGACCCCCUAGUUGAAGAGGUUGAGCCACUGGAAUGUAACCCUGAGUACGCAUGUGUCAGACACCCUAACGGCAUGGAAGAAACGGCCUCCCUACGUCACCUGGCGCCUUCAUCAGAUUUCGGACGCACUCCAGCAUCCGAACAUCAGCAACCGCAGUCAAAUGCUGAUUCAUUUAUUAAGCCGGAACUAUCUGACUCUGCUUCUGAAAGUGAAAUGUCCAAUUCUUCUGAGCACCCAUUGGUUGUACAACAACAGCGGACACGACCGUAUAUGAACACCUCGGAACGGAACGAAAACAAGGUUCCUUGGAGUGAGGUGAAAAAGCACACCUCAAAGUCAGAUAGAUGGAUUGUCAUUGAAAACAGCGUAUACGAUUUAACUCGAUGGCAGAACCGUCAUCCUGGUGGAAGAAAGAUUAUCGGACAUUUCGAGGGUCAAGAUGCAACUGAAGCUUUCCGAGCAUUUCACAAAAACCUGGAGGAAGUUAAAAAAUAUCUAAAACCACUCUAUGUGGCCGAAGUUGAUCAAAACAGUGUCGAUCCAAAAGAGGCGGACCAAUUAGCCAAACGCGCAACUUAUGUUCAGGAUUUUGAAGAACUUCGGAGAAAAAUGCAUGAACUGGGAUUCUUCCAAGCGAAUAUAUGGUUUUUCCUCCUGAUGCUUCUGCAAGUAUUUGUAUUUGAAGUUCUCGCCUACUUGAAUCUACGCUUCUUUGGGGUCGGUUGGUUUCGGAUUGUUCUCUCUAUUCUCUUGUAUACCGUGGCCCAAUCUCAAGCCAGUUGGCUUCAGCACGACUUUGGACACUUGUCGGUAUUCAAAACUACAAAAAUGAACCACUUGUUUCAUGAAAUUACCCUUGGUCUGACAAAAGGGGCCUCGUGUCACUGGUGGAACUAUAUGCACUCACAGCAUCAUGCGAAGCCCAAUGUGAUCGACAAGGAUCCAGAUGUUCGGUUGGAGCCGGUGUUCGUGGUUGGUGACACAAUGCCCAUUCGUGCAGCGUCUAGGGACAAUAAGUGGAGAACCCAUCUGCCGUACGAAUAUCAAGCUAACUACUUCUUUUUUGUUGGCCCACCUCUUCUGUUUCCCGUCUACUUUCAAUUUAUGUCAUUUCGCCAUAUCUUUGUGCGAAGAUGUUAUGAGGACCUCGCGUGGGUGAUGGGCUUUUUCACCAAGCUGUUUGUCCUGUACUACCCACUUCUUGGAUUUUGGGGCACGCUGGCUUAUUUCUUUUGCGUCCGUGUCGCCGAAAGUCACUGGUUCACGUGGGUCAGUCAGUCAAAUCACAUACCGAUGGAGAUUUCUUAUGACCGGGCUGAAGCUUGGCUGCCUAUGCAAAACAGGGCUACCUGCAACGUGGAACAUUCUGUUUUCAAUGACUGGUUCACAGGUCACCUGAACUUCCAAAUAGAACAUCAGUGCGUUUACGGAAGCAACUUGUUUAAGUUUCCGCUGAACUAAAUUAAGCUGAUACCAUUCUUUCAUGCAUUUCUAAGAAGUCUUUAAAAAACUUGGGCUGCGAGAAUCCUUCGUUGAUCGAUGAACUCGAAACAGUAUUUGGUGUCCGUGGCUUAUUUUCUGUCCACUUCUUCAUCUCGUUACUAUUGGUGGGCUCGGUAAUAGACAAAAUUUACAUAGGUGCAUAUUUCUCAAGACUGUCCCGGACAUGAACAUAUGGUAACCAGAUGGCAUCGAUUGUGAAAUGUCAGUCAAGCUUUCCACAAUAAAAUCCCGCUCCAUUU